AUGGACGAGGCACGACUGCAAGUUGAUUUCAACACAAUGAAGCAGAAAAAUUUGGACACUGGUUUUGUUCGGUCGGUGAGAUGCGCUAUCAAAAAUGACAUAGAUACACAUCGUGUCUGGGAAUACAUUGAUACAAAGCGACGAUGGCGAAGUUUCGAUGUGGUAUCAGUGACGAAAUUAGAAAAUGCGUUCGCUGAUGGUUCCGGAGUUGUGAAAUUAUCGUUGUCAGGGACCAAUUUCACGGCCGAUUUGGAAAGCUGUAUUCGAUGGCAAACUUCAAAUGCGGAACCAUCCAUAACAGCAAAACCAGUACCAAGUGUUGAGCGGACACGAGCGGCUAAGCGUAUUGCAGCUGAAAGUCUUGCCGAGCAGCUAUCAGCUCAAAAAGCCAAGGCAGACGGACCUCCUGCUAGAAAACGACAGAUUCGAUGGCAAACUUCAAAUGCGGAACCAUCCAUAACAGCAAAACCAGUACCAAGUGUUGAGCGGACACGAGCGGCUAAGCGUAUUGCAGCUGAAAGUCUUGCCGAGCAGCUAUCAGCUCAAAAAGCCAAGGCAGACGGACCUCCUGCUAGAAAACGACAGACAAAAAAAAAAGAUGGAGAUGAAGAGGUCGAUGGAGAUGUAGGUAAUAAUGAAGAAGAGAAAAAGAAAGUGGUAAAAGGCCGUGGAAGAAAAAAGGCAACAUCAGAAAGCCAAAGUGCUGGCGAUGCAAACGGCUCAACGAAUGAUGACGGAAAAAGCCAAAUGGCCAAAGUGCUGCUGAAGGGAGCAGCAGCGGUCGAUCCGGAAUGUAGCGAAUUGGUUGGCAUAGCACACGUAUACACGGAAUUCAACGACAUCUAUGAUGCCCUACUCAAUCAGGGGCAGACAAGUCUCGUUCCAUGCGGUGCAAAUUUGCCUGGAGCAAAAAGCUUGUUCUGUAAUAAAUUUGUGGCCAAAACAAUGAAUGAUUGGGGGGAGCGAGCCAGUUUUGUUAAAGUGGCUGGCAAGUACGAUUAUUUACCGGUAUGUUUUCAAACAUCGAACAGUCUGUGCUAG